AUGAACAAAUUAGGAAUAACGAUUAGGGGUAUUUCAAAGAUUGAAGUAGAAAGCACAAAUAAGAAUAAUAAGUUAGAGUUAUUAAUAAAUGAAUUUGAAGAAUUGUUUGAGGAAAAAAUUGGUAAGUAUAAAUAUGAAAAAGUGACGUUAAAAGUUAAAGAGGAAUGUACACCUAUAUUUUGUAAGCCGAGACCAAUACCUUUCGCUUUUAAAAAAAAAGUUAAGGAUGAGUUGGAUAGAUUAGAAAGGGAAGAGAUAAUACAGAAAGUGGAGACUAGUGAAUGGGGUACUCCUCUUGUACCGGUUAUUAAACCAGAUGGAUCUAUUCGUUUAUGUGCAGAUUAUAAGACUACUGUUAAUAAAUAUUUGGUAGAUAUUAACCAUCCUAGUUUUAGAGGACAUAAAAUUGGAUCAGAAGGUAUUGAAAGAGAUAAAAAUAAAGUUAAAGCAAUGCUUAAUGCUGUAGAGCCUAAAAGUGUCACAGAAGUAAAAGCAUUUACAGGUAUGGUGAACUACUAUGCUAAAUUUAUACCAAAUUUAUCAACCUUACGAGGUCCUAUUUACAAUUUGUUAAAAAAAAGAAAUUUAAGUGUUUUAUUGUCUUGCGAUGCGUCGGAGUAUGGUAUAGGAGCAGUGUUAAUGCAUAUUUUUGAAAAUGGAGAAAGGCGACCAGUGGGGUAUGCAUCAAGAAUCCUAACCGUGGCUGAAAAAAAAUACUCGGUAAUACAAAAAGAGGCUUUAGCUGUUUUCUGGGGUGUAAAGAAAUUUUCUCAAUAUCUUUCGGGCAGAAAAUUCUUUUUAGAGACUGACCAUAAACCUCUGUUAGCUUUGUAUGGUGAAAAUAAAGGUAUUCCUGUUAUGGCCUCUGGGAGAAUUCAAAGAUGGGCAUUAUAUUUAUCUGAGUUUGAUUAUCAAGUAUUACAUGUUAAAGGUAAUGAUAAUAAAGUGGCAGAUGGACUUUCGAGAUUACCUGAUAAAGAUGAUGUACAAACUCAAACAAAUGAAACUGAUUAUGUUGAUUUUAUGGAAAAUACUAUGCCUAUUGAUUAUGAGAUACUUAGAGUGGAAACUAAAAAAGAUAAAGAGUUUAAUUUAGUUAUUAAAUAUUUGAAUGAAGGUUGGCCGAUAAAAGUAAGUGAGGAACUGAAACCUUAUGCAAUUAGAAAGGAAGAAAUUUGUGUUGAUAAAGAUAUAUUAAUGUGGGGUUAUAGAACAUUAAUUCCUAAAAUUCUGAGAAAGAAUUUAUUGAAAGAAGUACAUUCAACUCACAUGGAUAAGGAUAUAGAAAAUUGGGUACAAAGUUGUGAUGCUUGUUUACAAAGUAGAUCAGAACCAAUUUUAGAAGAACCAAAAAAGUGGGAGGAAGUGAGUUGUCCAAUGGACAGAGUACAUAUAGAUUUUCUAUAUUUACAAGUUAUUGAAAAGUUAAGAGAGAUAUUUGCCAGGUUUGGGUUACCAAACAAAAUUGUGUCAGAUAAUGGACCACAAUUUAGAUCAGAGGAGUUUAUACAAUUUUGUAAAAAUAAUAUGAUUAGGUUUGUGACGUCACCUCCUUAUCAUCCAGCUACGAAUGGAUCAGCUGAAAAUGCUGUUAAGAAUACACCACACUGGAUAACGGGCGAGUCACCAAGUUAUAGAAUGUUUGGAAGGAAAAUUAAGACUAGAAAAGUAUAUUUUAAAGAAGGAGACAUAGCUUAUGCUAGAGAUUAUUCAAACCCAAAUAAAAAAGAGUGGAAGAAGGGAACAAUUGAGGAAGUUUUAGGUGAGAGGAUAUAUAUAGUUAGAUUGGAAAAAGAAAAUUUGAUUUGGAGAAGGCACAUUGACCAACUAAUUGAAGUGGGUAAGAUUAAGGAAAAUGGUAUUGAAACUGUAGAAAAGGAAAAAGGAGAAGAACAAACUGUAUUGAAGGAAAAGAAAAUUAUUAAAGAAAAAGAAGAAACUAUGGAUAAAAAGAAUUUUGAAAUAGAAAAAAGUGAAAUAAAUUAA